AUGAUCGGUAUGCCUAAGCUUUACUGCUUCACUUCUUUUCUAGCGACACUAUGCGUUCUCUUCGCCCUGCCAGCCAUCAUCAACGCUGAGGAUUGCGUCUACGCAUUCAAUUCAUUAACAGGAAAAACGCAAAGGAUACAACCGCCAUUUCCAGGCGUUGGUGCUGCACUGAGUAACGGCAUGUACACGUACGAAGCUGCGACUGGCGUCUUCAAACCUCUCUCUUCUCAAGAUAUCCUGACUUCACAGUCGCCAAAUCACAAACGUAGCAAUAUCGACGUUGGCAUAGAUUUCAGCCCAACCGUAUCUGUCUGUGGAGAAACCUCCCACGAUAGAACGCUGGUGUAUGCGAAGCUUGGAGGGGUUUUAUUGUACCUGUGUAACUUCGAGCGGCGGGAGGUUAGCUGGGCGGAUGUUAAAGAGCAAGUUGGGAGGCUCAAUGCUCAGUGUGUUCAUGGACAGUCAGGUUUCACUGCAUGGCUUCCACUUCCCACGCCUUUCAUCUCCCUCGCAGCAUGUUCGUCGCAGAUAUAUCAGGCAGGUAACGAUCAUGAGCUCAUAGCCUUCGACCCUGCCUUCACGACAAGGGUCAUCUUAUCGGGAAUCCAAUGUCUACCUUUAGAGGUAUCUGCAUCGUGGGGUGGCAAAAACCCCGAAACAACAACCGUACUUGGUCCUUCAUUCGUGUGUCCAACUGCAUAUAGCGGCGUACAGACAAUUCUCGUCAACGAACUCACGACGCAGACUUUGUGUUGUCCAUCGAAAUAUCAACUAGCAACCGGACUAACAACUUUCGCAAGCUUCCCAUCUCAGUGUUCAUCAAGUUUAACGCCAGGCGAGACAAUAGUCUACCAAACACUGGGCGCAGAUGGGGGGUUUGCCGCAACGACGUCGACGAUAGCAGCGUCUUCAGGUCCCUCUUUCGUCUGGGGAUUCCACGUAAACGGCUUCAAUGUUGCAAAUUCCACAUCAAUAAGCACGACAAACCAGCAGACAGCCUUGUCUCAAACACCAGCUACAACUUCAACCUCGAAUUCCCUCUCCACAUCCACCGCUCCAUCAGCAACCUCAAUCAACAACGACCGGAAGACGAUUGUCUUGUCAGCGGGCGCAAUUGCAGGUCUGGUGGUUGGGAUCCUCGUUUUACUUGCAUCUGUGAUAUUAGGGAUUUGGAUUUUUCGACGGCGGAGGAGAAUAUCUCGGAAUUUGAGGCCGCCCAAACAUACGGUGCCUGUGAUGGCUGAUAAGCUGGUUCGUCAUGACCUAAAGGCGGAUGGAAAUAUUGAUGUGCAAAGAAAUACAGGGGAAGAUUCUGGGCCUGGGGCUAUUAGCGAGCUUCCCCAGCCGGAGAGUCAAAUGAGAAUACAUGAAAUGAGAUAG